AUGGUGGUACACUACCACCGGCGCCAGGGCGGUGCGUCGGCGUCCGUGCGCUCCCCCUCGGUGAGGGGUGCGCGGACAGAAGACCUGCGGGUGGAGCUCAACCGCAGGCGCGCGGGUGAGGAUGCCUGCAUCUCCGUGGAAAGGGCGCGAGAACACUGCCUCAACAUCAAGGGCCGCAACCGCAAUGCCUACUUGGAUGCAGCAGCACCCAAGCCUCCGGGAAACGCGCGGAUACGGGCGGGCACCCCGGUGGCUGGGCUUCCGGACUGCCUCCUGGACGACCUCCUGCACCUGGGCAUCCAGUGCCGCCUGAGCCGCCUCCAGCUGGCGGGUUUCAUGCUGGGGGUGGGGACAUCCAAAACAGAUGUCGGGACCUCGGGUACCGAGGUGCUCGCCGUUGCUGCGCCCACUGCUUCUGUGCUCGCCGUCGCCAAGCCCGGUGUUGGCGCGUCUGCCGCCGCAGCCGGGGCCUCGGGGGCCACCGCGUCGGGCGUUGAUGUGCCUGGCACUGGUGCAUCCGCCGCUGCCGCGCUGGGCGCCAUUGGGUUAGCGGAGGUCGCCGCACCCGAGCUCCCCACAUCUGCCGUCGCUUCCGCCAUUGCCGUCGAGGCGCCGGUCGCCUGGACCCCCGCUGACGAGCCAGCGGCGGCGGAAGAGCUGCCUGGGCGAGAGGCCCUGGCAAAACGAAGAGAUGAAGCCCUUCAGCAAAAAGCGAACCGCUAG